CAAAGCCCAUGCCCUCCCUUGUAAUGCCGCAGGGCCGGUGGUGUCCCCCCGUGUUCGCAACUCUCCACGAAUUCCCAGUAAAGCCCUAAACUCGCCCCCGAAAGCCACGAAAAAAAUUGAAUUCCAGCGGUGAUAAAACAAUUACCCAAUCGUGAAUGAAGAGAGAGAGAAAACGUCGGAGAAAAAAAAACGUGUCGAGCAUAAUGCGUGUGUGAUACUGUGAUAAAACCCAUAGACAAGGAAGUGUUGAGGUUUCAUGUGCUGUGGGGGGAGAGAAGAGUGAGUGGGAUACCUUGAAUAAUACGGUAACGAGAGAGAGAGAGAGAGAGAGUGAGCAAAGUUGCAAGUGGGGGGCGAGGCGACCCGAUCAAGAGAGAGUGAACAGAACAAACGUUCUGCUGCAACGUUUCGUAUAUGGCGUAUUCUGUAACAAAAUGUGAUACAUCGUCAGUAAGGAUUAUUCUGUACUUCCAAUGUCACGAUGAGAUGCAUCCAAGUUUAACGGAGCUUGUAGUUAACAAUGAGAGGGAUGGAGUGGAAAAAUGAUGGAUAACGAGAUGGGAAACUUCCAGGACCUAUGCUCCACGCAUUGAUGGGUAUAUGCUUUUCCUGUAGGAGACCCUCUAGCAAUCGGCUUAAUAACAAGAUUUCUGAGCACAUAUCGGCUUCGGUAACACCCCUCCAUGUUUGUCUGGAGGAGCAAGGAGGAGCAGAACUGGGCUCGUGUGACGCCGUGGCUCGCAGGGCACAGGUUAAAACAAGUGGUGAGCAACUGGGUGAAACGAUUAGUGUUAAAUCGUGGGAGACCGAGGUAGGAUUUACUAAGGGUGGAUGUGAAGAUUGGGGACAACAGCCGAGCAUGGCCAAUACGAUCAGCAAUAUGAAAAUGACAAACCCCAUCAAGGGGCUUGUCAGCAAAAGACGAAAACGAUUUACCGAGGAUGGCUUCGACCUUGAUCUCACAUACAUAAGGGAGAAUUUGAUAGCAAUGGGUUUUCCUGCGGAAAAACUCGAGGGUGUGUACAGAAAUCACAUCGACGAUGUGGUUAAAUUUUUAGAAUCCAAGCACAAGGAUCACUAUAAAAUUUAUAAUCUCUGUUCUGAGAGAUCGUACGAUUGCAAAAAAUUCAAGCAGCGGGUUGCAACGUACGCUUUUGCGGAUCACAAUCCCCCCACACUGGAGCUUAUAAAGCCAUUCUGUGAGGAUGUGCAUGGCUGGCUAUCGCAGGACCGAAAAAAUGUUGCUGCUGUGCAUUGUAAAGCUGGCAAAGGUAGAACUGGGGUUAUGGUUUGCUGUUAUUUACUCCAUACCAGGCAGUUCUCCACAGCUAACGAGGCACUGAAUUUUUAUGGAACUAAGAGAACGACUGACAGAAAGGGAGUUACGAUACCUUCGCAGAGGAGGUACGUGGGGUACUACGCUACCUUAGUACAGGAGAGCUUGAACUAUCAGCCGGUUACACUGAUUCUUCGAAAAAUACUGUUGGAUCCAGUUCCAAUAUUUAAUGGGGGUCAAGGAUAUUUGCAUUUUGUGAUAUGGGAAUCAGAGAAACGGAUAUUUAGUUCAGAAACAAUUGAAGUUAGGAAAGGAAUGCCGUCUAUAUCAAUUUCAAUUGAUCAUAAUGUUCCACUGACUGGUGACAUUCGUGUAGAUUUUUUUAAUAAAAAACCAAAAAUGAAGAGAAAAGAGAAAAUGUUUCAUUUUUGGUUCAACACAUUUUUUGUACGUGAUUACUUGCCACCCGAGUACGGUGAUAAUGGUGAAUUACCAGUGGAACGCUCAACAAGAGCACUGAGCUGUGACGGUACUGCCAUGGAAUUGCCAAUGGUAACUUCACAUUCAAAAGCGAGAACCAGUUCAUUGGCGAGUCUUGGACCAAAACCACCGACGCUGGUACUUGCUAUUGACAAGUCGGGAUUGGACGAUGCGCAUAAAGACAAACACCAUAAACUUUAUAGUGCGGAUUUUAAGGUGAGUUUACUCAUGCAUCGACAGUGGGAAGUAACAGGAAGUGGUAUAACCCAGACAGUACCAACAAUGGUCCCCAGAGCGGAUGUACAAAUAGGCAUGAGUGGACAGGAGACACCGAGUGAAUCGAGUGAGGCUGACAGCAGUGAAUGUGAAACAACGGGUGACGAGGACGGAUGGGAAUCAGGUGAGUUCUCAGUAUCACUCGUUGCUAAACGUCAAUCAAUAACGCACAGCAUUAGCCGUACAACACAUCACCAACAGCCACAACAAGAACAACACAACAGUACUAGUCUCAUGGGUAUGAAGGGUGAUAAUGAUAAAAAUCAACAGAGUGGUGAGGAUUCAAAUGCCUCUAACGUAUUUACGAGAUCAGUCACAUUGGGUGACACAUGAUGACCUACAAAUCCACAUAUUCUUUCUCCUUUUUUUCUGUUGAUUAAUUGAUUUAUCGAUUGGAGAAUUGAUAAUAUUCAUAUUUAUGGAACUUGUAAAUUCGUUCUAUUUCUCUGGUUUUGAUAAUCAGGUUGUUUAUUAUUUUUACACGAUAAACACAAUUUUUUUUUUCGCAUUUUGCUCUCUUGUUGUCUUUACCACACACUCAUCGAUUGAAACCAGGGUUUAAUGAAUGAAAAAUGAUUUUUAUCUGACAAAAAUGAGAGUUAAUGUUCAGUUAACGAUAAAAAUCAACUUCUCAUUCAAUUAAACGACUGGAAAAAUUGUUUGCACUCCCUGAUUCAGGCAUGCACUUGUAGUUACAAUGAAAAAGUGCACGUAACAUUCACAUUCUGUAGAUCGAAUUGCUUGUUUCGUUUUGUUUCUAAGACUGACUCUAAACGUUCCGUGAAUUUGUCGUACUCAGAAUGAUAAGAACGAUAUGAUUUACCUCGAAAUUCUAUACCAUUCGUCAAUGAAGUUAUUAAUGAGAGAAUUAAUUUUAUUUAAUUGGGAAGGCCACUUGUGUCGUUAAUCUCUGUACAAUGUGCACUAGUUGAAUCUACUUAUUAUUAGAUUAUUAGGAAACGAUUGAAUGUUCAUUAUUGACGCACUCUCCACUGUCUCCAGUCUAACCAACUGCUGAAGAUUCGCAAUGCUGAUUAUAAUUAAAUGGACAGAUAUGAAACGAAGUGUUCGUUAUUUUCGUUUUGUUGACUCUAAAAUCGUGAUUAAAAAGCUGAUUAAUUGUGGAAAGAUGCUAUGAGUGGUCUGCGGAGUGAACAAACGAAAAUGUUGUGAUGUAUUUUAAUUCAAUUUUAUCAUUUUGGGGGGAUUUAUUAAUUCAUUAAUUCCAGAGCUGGGGGAUUCUAGAUAAAUUGUUGAUGGCAAUCCGAUGAAAAGUAGUGGAAAAAUCUUUUUAGUCGUCCUGAAUAAUAAAUUAAUACUAUUUCCAGGAAAUAGUCCUCAGCUCUGAUGAAUUAUAAAUGCGAUGGAUAAUCUGCUGUGAGCGGGAGUGAAUUUAUUGUCUCGCAUGUUCGAUUCUUAUGAAGUUUUUGAAGAAAAAAGCCACAGAAAGUGUUGGAUACAUAUUAAUUGGUUGUAUUGUACAAUGAUUACGUUGUGAUAUUAUAGCGUUACGAAGCCAUUUGUAUGGAUGCGAUAAUUGCUCGUCUCAGGCUCUCAAUCCCCAAUGUUUUAUGUUUUUAUUUUUGAUUUUUGUUGGACAUAUGAGCACGUAGGAUUUUUUUAUCACGUUUUGAUUCACACGAGAGUCAUUCAUUUGUCAUGGUUUUCCUUGAUUGAGCAUGAAGGAUCACAUGCAUGUGUAUUAUGUACAUGAUCAUUGCGCAGAGUGAAUUGUCCCUGAUGUUCAGGAGGGAAGUGGGGAAUUGGGAUGAGACGAUUUUUUUUAUUUUUGGAUUUAUCGGGGGAAGGAGCGGUUUUAGAGGAAAAUGUCAUAAGAUGCUUUUUGUAGAGGAGAAAAUUUCCUAAAAAAAUGACAUUUUGACAUUUUUGUCUAAAACCAUUAAGUAUGGAGAUAAUUUCAUUGACAUGUCUGUUAAUUGUUAAUUAAUCUUGAAAAUAAUUAGUUUGAGGAGAAUAAAUCGUCUCAUUCUCUUAUUUUAAACUUUCCAACUGAACGAAAUUCAAGUGCUCCUCCACUAUUUUUCAUACAUCUCCAAAAUAUCGCAACAAAUACAGGGAAAUAAUCCUUUCAUUUCAUUGAAUCACACACAACAAAGAGAAAAUAAAUAGAAAAUAAUUUCACAAAUGUGUGUCUGUUACCAUUCAGUGGACUUGGAUCAGCGGGUGGGCCGUUAUCGUCUGCUAUCGGAUGGAGGAAUGAUAGAUGUUUUGUGAGCCCCGCGUCGACAAUUCACACAUAAUCCCUCACGGCCAUCUUUAUUUCAUCCCUUCGAGCUUCAAAUAAUCACGCUAAUGAAAAAUCAUUUGAUUCAAUGACAAGACAGAACGAAAUGAUAAUUUAUCGAUGGAAUAUUAUGAAAAUUCGUCCUGAUCUUCGAUAUUCACGUGGUUUGCUACUGGUUCAAUGGUUCUGGAGUAUUUUUCGGUUUUGGGAUAACGAGCGAGGCGAGAUAUAUAUUUUUUAAUUACGUAUUUAAUUGGAGUCACCUCAGUUCUCGUGAUAUUUAUGGUUUUAAUUGUUCAAAUGACCGGGGGAAAAGGAAAAAAGAAGAGGAUUUUUUUUGUGAUUGCAGAAUCUUACGAGAAAAUGUCAAAACAUAUUUUUGCAGAACAUUUAAUUCCCUGCAGAAAAUUGUCUACACAUGUUUCCUACACUAGUUCUAAAACAUUUCAACAGAGAAAAUUCAAAUGAAAAAUGUCACCAACGAAUUGAAGCAGAAAAAAAACUCAAAUAAUCACAAAAAAAAUCCUUAAAUCACUACAUUUACUUAGUGCACUUGAUUCUCGCACAUCCUUACCAAAAAGCUCACAAAACACUCCGACAAUCGUUCAUUCCCACAACGGGAUUAAUGGCCUUAACAAAGUCCACAUAGAUUUUCAUUUAAUCACCUAGUUGAACUAGGCAAUUAUCUGCCUAAAGAGUAUGCACGCUCGUUAAUUGUUGGUGAGAGCCACGUUGCAUUACGCAAAACACUCGAGAUCCUUUAUCAACUGUAAAAUUCUUUUCAUUAUCAAUAGAAAAUAAAUUGAAAUUUUAACUUGGCUGCAACUGAGUUGAUUACCUGAGAAAUAAAUUGUCUCAAUCAUCAUCGGUUUUUUCAUUAUUUCGUAAUGAUACGAGUGAGGAAGGUGCGAGAGUGAUAGAGCGUCGAAAAAUUAUUACAUUUAUCAUUGAUUGAUGGUGAAUGAGAGGGCAGUGGAACUCUGAGGGGGGGGGGGAUAAACUAACGAGUAUAAAAAUAAUAGGACUAUUUUCAUAAGUGAUAAAUUGUAAGUCAAUAAUUAUUGAGUAGAGUGCGAGAGAAAAACGUGAAUUUGUGAGAUCGAUCUGAUGAGAAAACAUUGACAGUGAUUCGAGAGGUGAGAAUAAUCGGUGAGUGUGUGGAUUUUUAUCGAUAGUUGAAUUAAAUUGAAGGAAAUCAUGGAGUAAUACUGAUUUUAUGAUUUUUUUUCCUCAACUUUUUAUAUCAGAAAAACAAUUAUCUCGAUGGAUUAUGGAGAAUGGCUAAUGAAUUCACGUCUGUGUAAUGAUUUGUAUAAACAAUUGAGUUAUCAAUGGAUGGAGAUGAAAUAAUAAAUGUUGAUAUGAGUGAGUGAGGCUAAUUCAUUGUAUAUUUGAGUACGUACCUUCCCUGCAUUUCGUGGAAAGCCGAACGAAUGCAAAACAAAUCGUAAUGAUAAUGAAAAAAGAAUAUUUGAAAUAUAAGAUAAAUAUGUAAAUCUUCAAUCAAAACGACAAAAUAAUAAUAUUAAUUGAUAGAGGUGUGAUGUGGGGUGUGAAAGAAUCUCAUUGGAGGACAUUUAUUUUUUUUAAUGAACUGGAAUUUCAAAAGUUGAAGCUUAUUUCACCGUUUUAUCGAAUUUAAUCACCAGAAUAGAAUGAAAAUUGUCUCUGUUCUCCUUCAUUACCGAUUAUUUUAAUUCCAUUUGAAGAGUUGGCUGAUGAUGAGUGAAAUACUAAGACUUGUAACGUAAUGGCCACUGUAAGACCGAAGAAAGAGAAAUUCGACGAAUAAGAGUAAUGUUAAUUCUCAAUUAAUGAAGUUUUUUGUACAAAAAUGUCACGAAUGCUUACUUUUUUUUCUCAAUCGAAUGAUCAUUGGUUGCAUAUGCACACAUUUAAUUGUAUUUAUGCGUAGUUUAUAUUCUGUUAUUUGGGACAAAUAAUUGAUUGAAUUUGUUAAUCAAGAGUGAGUGGACAUGCAGUACGAGUGGACAAAGAAAUGAAUCUAUCUAGAAUUAAUAAAAAAAAAAAAUAAGUAUGGUUGUGGUACAGAUCUUUUCGAUCGGGAUUUCGUCAAUUCCAAUUUAAUCUCUUCAUGAUUUUAGGGAAGAGAAAUGGUGGAACGAGGUUGGGAAGGCGAGGCCAAGUGAUCUUUGCUCAAUCAUCAAUAUCUUUUGAGCAAAUGGCGCAAUCCGAACGAGUCAGCUCUCAUUAAUCUCGCUCCACCAAUUCUCCCCCCAAACUUCUCAUUUCUCUUCAUUCUCUUCCACAAAUGCAUGACAUACUUGCUUUUUUACAAACAAAAUAGUGUAGUAAACGGUGAGGAGAUGGUCGCCCGGUUACUCAAAAACUCAAAACAAUUGGCAACUGUUGAUUUCACAGUUACAUUAAUUAAAUAAUUUCAUUAGUACCUAAAAAAAAAUUAAAGGAGAUAAAUUCUUGACUGAAAAACAAAAUGGGUCUGCUUACAGGGGAGUCAACGUAUUUGUGACUUUGAGACAUGACUGAUGGCGGGCCAAUCAGAGAUAAACUCCUCACAGACGAUCAACUCCUGACUGCAACACUACUACAGUCGCUUUGAUUUUAAAAAAACUAUUCAAUAGUUAUUUUAUAACUGAAUCGAAUCACUUCGAUUUACCAUCAGCCAUCGCAUCUCCCGCCUGUCAUCCGCAUGAGAAAAUCAAUAUUUUUCGGUAGAUUUUUUUUUUCACUGGUCAUCCAAUAGUCGAGUCGAUUCAUCCCGUUCUAAAUUUUUUUGGCAAGCACAUUUCUCGGGGUUUUUUGUCAUCUGAUGGUUUUCAGAGAGGGGGAAUCUCUACUCAUUGUCUAGGAUUUUUCGUCAGUGAUGUGAAAGCACAAAUCUUCGUCACGAGAAUUUUUUCGAGCUCUUUAAAUUGAAAAAGAUCAAUUCAGUUUAAUUGUUUUUUUACAUUUUUCAUAUUUAUGAUACGAAUUGAGUAAAUUCGCCAGUUGAAGUUGCGUCAAUGAAUUGUUAAUUCUCCAUAAUCAACUGUCCUCCACUAGAUCAUUUGAUGAGCUUCGAUGGAAAUUCUCUUGAUCCAAAAAAUAACGAGCGGUACUUGAAUUUAGGUAGAAUGUCGUAGAGCAGUCGUCCACCGCGAAUAAAUGUAAUUUUAUACAUUCAAAUUUUAAUUAAACUGUCAUAAACAAGUGGAAUACUCCUCCAAAUUGAUUGAUUCAUAAUCAAAUCCAGUAGGAUCACAAGAAAUCGUGAUUGAUUCUACGAUUAAUUAGAAACAAAAUGAGAAAUCGUGAAUUACCUGGCAAUUGUGAUUUAAGUUGAUUUUUAAUUUACUUUUUUUUAAUGCAUUAGUUGACGAUUCCGUAGAAUAUUGUACACUUAAUUAUUUAUUCAUCUGACUCGUACUUGACGGUUACGACGUCUGGUCCAUUUAUUUAUUUCGUGUUAUUGGGGAAAAAUCGAGAGGAACAUUUUGUCAAUUAAUAUUGAUAUUCUAUUUUUUAGUCAACUCUAAUUCUCUUUGUUUUCAUUUUUCUUUUCGUCGCACAAUUUGGAGAGUAUCAGGUGAAUUCAUACCGAUUUUUUAUGGAUCUUUGAGCAAUUGAAUGAAGAGUACUUAUUUUUUUUCGAUUGUGCAGAUUUCGAGAUCGUGGGGAAUCCAGGGAUAAAGUGGUAAAACAAAUAGGGAAUUAUCUCUGUAAUGAGACAUUUUACGAGAGAAUGUCCAGGGAACAAAAUGCAGGGGAUAAAAUUCCCUGCAAAAAAGAUCUUCUGGCAUUUUCUUCUAAAAUUACUCAAAAUCGUCGGAAAUUCAUUCUUCGAAAAUCAGAAUUCACCACUUUACAACUCAAUUGUCACCCCCAAAUAAUUAAAACGAUGAAUAACUUCGAUUUUGUCCUCUAAUAAUUAAUCAAUAAAGCAAACAACAAUGAUUUCAUUUUCCAAAAAAACGUGAGCAUGAAAAACAGAACGAAAGGAAGAGAGAGUGAGAGAUGCGACCAAUCGAAUUCUUUCCAGGUUUAUUUUUGUACGAUAAUAACAUUUAUUAGGAUUUUUAAAAAAAUUGAUAAUUUCAGUGAAAUUUGCCUAGAGAGUACAAACAAGACGACUUGAUCUCAGAUAGAUUAAGAAUUUAAAAAAUGAAAAAAAAAAGUUAUGACGUGUUGGGAAUAAAAUUAAUGAGACUUUUGCUUAUAUUUGUAAUUAAAUGUGCUUGAGCAAUUUAUUUAGCUUGAUUGAAUAAUCAAUUUUUUCACGUUAAGACGAGUUAGGACACGAAUUUAUUAUUAUUCUUCCACAAUUUUUCAACUUCAUUUUCAUAAUUUUAAAUGAAUGAAGGGAGAGGCGAGGUAAAAUGGGCCUUCGUUAAUCAGUUGGCGAUUAAAAUUGAUCCAUUUUACCCCAUUCUCCCCUGUACAACAUACGAUAGCUUGAUAGUAAUUCGAAUGAACCGUGUGUGGAGAAUAAAUCACAGAGAAUCGAGUAGAUUCCGUGAUUUGUAUUCCUGUGGAUACGAGAUGCGAUGGAAUUAUAAUGAGUUUCAUUUUAUCAAUUGACGGAAAUAAUUGGAUUGUCGUGUGCUUACGAAUGCAUCCAUUUUCCCAGUCCUCGUCCUUCUAUAUUUUUUUUCAUACAGACAUUUAUUAUUUUUAAGGGGAUAUGUAUUACUUUAUGUUGCAAGAGAAAUAAAGAUGACUCAGAAAUCGAUUAAUAUUAA